AUGCGGAUGGCACAUAACUAUGAACCGUCAGCUUUGGGGACGGCGUCAACGGCGGGAAUGAGAUUGCAGUCCUUUGGGGCUAAGCCUAAGGCUCCAGAAGUUUUGGCUGGACAGCAGAUUUUGAGGGACUUUAAGGUAGAGUCCCAUGAGAGGAUUCAAGUGAGGUGCUUAUGGAUUGGUUGGUCUCCUCCUGUUGAUGGUGUUUUAAAGAUGAAUGGCCCCCCCAAUAAUGCAGUGUUUACAGAGAUUCCGAAUCUACACCUAUGGUUUGUUGCGAUGUCUGCCAGUGCUGGGUGUACUGCCAGUGUGAUGACAUCAGCUACACAGCAUGUUAUUCCACUGCUUCGAGACUUGAAGGUGGAGUCCCAUGAGGACAUUUGA